CUCAGAACACAUCCGGAAAGAAGUAUAUAUAUACACAGCCAGCCAGUGUCUCUGCUCCUUCCCGUGCUCUAACCUUCACACUUGACACAGCGUGCUAGGUGAUCCAUCAUGAAGCUGUUGACUUAUCUCAUCCUGACGGCGACGCUGCUGGUGCUGCUAGUCGGUGCUGCCCCACCCCCGGACAACAACCCAUUUGAUAUCUGUUUGAAUGAGACAUUGAAACAAACUCUAAGAAAUAAACUGUGCACCAGCGUAGAGAUACCAGAGGAAGACUGCGAGAGCAAAACAGAGGAAAUACAGCAGUGCAAUAGAAGAUUGUACAAUGGCAGUGACAACGAAGCUACGAAGAAUACCAUCGAAGCCUUAGCAGAAUGCAUGACGUCUAUCGCCAGCAUCAACAUUACUCCUGCAGACCAAGCUGACCUCAAGACCUACAUGACGUUUCUGAGCCAAAUUAUUCCUGCCAAUAAAGACACCGUGUGUAGCAAGAUAGAAGCUCUGGCGGAUUGCUUCAAGACCAAGUCGAAUAUGUACCAGCAUAUCAAGGACUGCCUCGACCAGAAUGAAUAACCCAACUGAAGUGUCAGAACACCUGAAGAGCGCUGUCUGCAACUCGCUGAAGCACUUGCAAGAAUUCCCUCAUGCCCUUUCUCCAUUAGCUGUUUUUCUUUGCUAUUUCUGCUAAAAUCUACCUGAGGAGAACUUGAAGACAUUCUCUUAGACACGUUGUGUUUCUCACUCUGGUGACGGACACAGAUUCAGGUGUCUUCUACACCCACAGUUGUUUAUUAAAAAAAAUAUGCACACUUAUGUAUUAUGUUUCUUUUCCUGCACAUUAAA